UUAACCAAGAUAGGCAAGAUAGGUCACAUAAGGAUUGUGAAGACUUACUAACUGUGAUGUCUGUCACCAAAUCUACAUAAUAACACAAUGGUGGCUCUGCACCUAAAGGGCCACAUGAAGUCUGAGAAAGAUCAAGGGGUACAGGUGUCAUAUAAACCCCUUUGUAGAGACAUCAAAGGAGUUUUCUUUGUUCCCCAAAUCAUAUCCUAGCCACUCCCACUUCUUUAUGGAGAUAUAAACUCUGCCUGAACGUGAAGAGCCAGCAUUCUACUCAGAGGCCUUUAGAAGCACAGACAUGAAUUGUGACUCUGAACUUGAGCAAAUUAUCUACACCGCACUGACCCUACAGGAUGACUAUCCUGUGUUCUGUCCACCACCGAGGGACCAAACCAAAUCCUGCUCCAGUCUUUUUGCAAUAUUUCCUGAUUCUUAUCCAGGGGUGGAAAACCAGGGAAUCUUGCAGGAGACUAUAAGGGAACUUUAUUCUGUCCUUGAGAUCCCACAAGAUCCUUGUUUAAACAGAAGCAUGAAGCAUCAUCUCCUAGAACCCAAGAAGACACUAUCUAUUGGUAUCUACACCAAGCCAGCCAGCAAUCAGACAUCCAAAGGCUGUAAACGACCAUUUUGUGAAGAGGAGCAGAGGGAAUGUAAAAAGCCCAGAAUAGAGACGGAUCACUUCCUACCAUCAGCACCCAACAGGUGUCGGAGAAGAACCAUUUAUUCAAAGGAACAAACCCUCUUCCUCCAGAAUCAAUUUCAUCUCAAUCCCUAUCCAGAUUUUGUCAGCAGAUGCCACAUUGCCAAGAUAACUGGAAUUCCAGAGCCCAGGAUACAGGUUUGGUUCCAGAACAGAAGAGCCAGGCAUCUGCUCAGAGGCACCAAUUCUCAGGUUCCCCAAGAAAAGAGAUCAUCAUCUGCAGAAGAACCUCAAUGCUUUAUCUUCAGAGAAUCCCAGUAUCCAGAUUUGUGGGGAUAAACUGAAAUGCUCCCUUACAUGUUCCUGGACCCAAUGACAAAGUUACUGCAAUGACAUUUGUUCUUGAGACACUUAUUAUCAGCCAAAUGAAACCUGUUAUCCAGAAAGCUCCCAAUUACAGAAAGGCCAUCUC